AUGGGCAAAGCAACUCCCAAGGUAAACUUUUUCGACAUAGACUCCACCCUCCCAGGCCCUUCAAGAUCCUGGUCCCCAAACACCCUCAAAACCCGCCUCGUCCUAAACUUUAAGAACAUCCCAUACACCGAGUCCUGGAUCUCAUACCCCGAUAUUGCCCCCGUCCUCUCCUUUUUGGAAGUCCCGCCGAACAGUCCGAAGGAUAGUCCCUUCACACACACCCUCCCAGCAAUCCGCCACCCCUCGCUCAUCUCCCCAUCAAACCCACACGGUGCACUAAUGGAUUCGUUCGCGAUUGCCGACCACCUAGACGCGAUCGCGCCAACCCCAACAUUAUUUCCUUCCGGUGCUGCGAGCUACGCGCUUGCCCAGGCUGUGGAUCGGCUUAUUACUCAUGUCAUUGCACCGGGUCUACGCGUUCUCGUGCCUCCUGUGGCAGCGUUCUUGGAUCCCAAGGGCCGCGAGUACUUUGUUCAAACUCGCUCGGCGAAAUUUGGGAAGCCGUUAGACGAGGUCAGGCCACUGGAUCAAGCGAGUAUUAGAGCAAUGGUGGAUGACUUGAGGAAGGAGUUUGCGGUGAUCGUACGCAUGCUUAGAGGACGCGGGGAGGACGAGAACCAGAGGAGACCUGGGCCAUUCUUUGAGGGUGAUCAGCCGGGGUUUGCGGAUUUCAUCGUUGUUUCAUUUUUGGGGUGGUGUGAGAGAGCGGAUCGGGAGGUUUGGGAGGAACUACUGAGUGUUGGGGAACAUGAGGAAGUUAGGGCUUUGUGGGAUGCUUGCUUGCCGUGGUUGAAUAGUCAAGGCGAGGAGCUGGAAUGGGACCUAUAUCCACCCUAG